AUGAAAGGAGAUAGACUAAAAUGGGUAUAUAAUAUCUUAUUCCACAAUGCGGAGCUGGAAUCGGUCAUAUAUCACAACAAAGACCCCUUGCUUGGGUUUGUCUUAUUACCGGAUAUGAAAUGGGAUAAUGUCAAUUUGGACACCCUCUACCUCUGUGCAAUUGUGAAUCGAACUGAUAUUUCCUCAAUUAGGGACCUAGAUGAAACUCAUAUCGAGUUCUUAAUUGGGAUCCAAAGGAUGAUUAAGAAGGUCGUGAGGGAGAAAUAUGAGAUGUCGGGGGAUCAGGUGAGGGUGUUUGUGCAUUACCAACCUAGUUAUUAUCAUUUUCAUAUCCAUGUGGUCAAUAUCCAUCAUCCGGGUUUGGGAGAUGGGAUUGCAAUAGGAAAAGCGAUAUUAAUGGAUGAUUUGAUUGAGAAUUUGAAAUUGAAUGGGAAGUUUUAUAGAGAGAGAACCAUUGGGUAUGUCAUUGGUGAGAAUCAUGGACUUUGGAAAGAACAAGGGUUUAGAAAUGCUCAUUACAACAAUGAAGAGGAGGAUUACUAA